AUGGUAGAUGAGUAUGCUUAUAAAUUGAUAGAACCAACAGGUGUCAAGGAUUAUUCCCCAUGUUAUGUGGCGUUAUUCAAACCAGUACUGGAAUUCAAUUCGGAAUUGGAGUCGAGAAAGUCUCAGUUCGUCAAGGAUUUGAAUAAAUGGAUUGAUAGUCAUCAACAUAUCGGUUAUUUCAAUAUUCGACCAGCAGCUGAAAUUAUAGAGUUACAUAGGGCUGCGGUACCUAGGCAGGUGGCACCUAAUCAGAUCGGACCCAGCCAGUCCUUAGAUAAUCACACCGAAUCCACUCAAAGCUCACCCCCCUCCAAAUCUCCAUCACCUCGUCGAUCACCUUCCAAAAUAUCCAAAUCCUUAAAGAAUGAUGCAUCAAAAUUCGCUUUCAAAGUUAAAGAUGAAAAUGUCGAAUCGUCAAAGUCCGGUCUCUCCUUACUUGAAAGAAUCAAACUCAAAGAAAAGCUCAAUAAUGAAAAGAAUCUUCUACAGACUCCAGAAAUGAGAAGAGAUCAAUUCCUUGCAUCCAAAUUAAAGCCAAUUUACAAUAUUCUUUAUCAAAUGAAUUCUGAAACCAAACCAUCACAAUUCAAAAGUUUCCCCUUGUCCAUAGUUAAAGCUACCAUCAAAGAUAGCUUAGAUUAUCCUAUUCAUGAAGACGAAAUUCAUGAUUGUUUGAAAUUAAUGUCUAGAAAGCUUCCUAAAGUAGAAAUUGUCACCAGAAGUAAUUUGUCAGUCGUCAAACUUUAUCAUUUUGAUCGAACAGAGGAUUUAAAAGUUUUAUAA